AUGUCUGGAAACUGCUGUUCUAGGAAAUGCCCCUCAGUGCCAGCCAUCUCCCUUUGCUCCACUGAGGUGAGCUGCAGAGGUCCUGUUUGCUUGCCCAGUUCCUGCCGGAGCCAGACAUGGCAACUGGUGACUUGUCAAGAUAGCUGCGGAUCAUCCAGCUGUGACCCACAAUGCUGUGAGCCCUCCUGUUCUGCGAGCAGCUGUGCCCAGCCUGUGUGCUGUGAGACCACCAUCUGUGAGCCUGCCUGUUCCGUAAGCAGCCAUGCCCAGCCUGUGAGCUGUGAGGCUACCAUCUGUGAGCCUGCCUGUCCCGUGAGCAACUGUGCCCAGCCUGUGAGCUGUGAGGCUACCAUCUGUGAGCCUGCCUGUCCCGUGAGCAACUGUGCCCAGCCUGUGUGCUACAAGGCCACCAUCUGUGAGCCUGCCUGUCCUGUGAGCAGCUGUGCCCAGCCUGUGAGCUGUGAGGCUACCAUCUGUGAGCCCUCUUGCUCUGUGAGCAGCUGUGCCCAGCCUGUGAGCUACAAGGCCACCAUCUGUGAGCCUGCCUGUCCUGUGAGCAGCUGUGCCCAGCCUGUGUGCUGUGAGGUCCCUCCUGGCCAACGAGUCUUCUGCGUACCCUCUUCCUGCCAGCCCAUCCUCUGCAAACCCAGCUACUGCCAGCCAGUGAUCUGUGAGCCCAGUUGCUAUCAGCCCGUGUCCUCCGGUGUCAGAUGCUGUCCAUCUGUCUGCUCUGUGGCCAAUAGCUGCCAGUCUGCCUGCUGCGACUCCAAUUCUUGUGAGCCAUCUUGCUCAGAGCCCAGCAUCUGCCAGUCGGCCACACGUGUUUCUCUGCUCUGUGAGCCCAUCUGUGUCCGUCCGGUCUGUUGUGUUUCAAGCCCUUGUGAGCCACCUUGUGUCUCCAGCACUUGCCAAGAGCCCUCUUGCUGUGUCUCCAGCAUCUGCCAACCCAUCUGCUCUGAGCCCAGCCCCUGCUUACCAAGUGUCUGUGUGCCCAGGCCAUGUCAACCUACCUGCUAUGUAGUCAAGCGCAGUCGGUCCAUCUCCUGUGAGCCUCUGUCCUGCCGACCUCUCUCCGGCCGCCCGGGGUCUUCUGCAUCUGCUGUCUGCCAGCCAACUUGCUCGCGAACUUUCUACAUACCCAGCUCUUGCAAACAACCCUGUACUACUUCAACCUCCUACCGCCCGAUUUGCCGCCCAAUCUGCUCUGGACCCAUCACCUAUAGGCAGCCAUAUUUGACAUCCAUCUCCUACCGCCCGGCCUGCUACCGCCCAUAUUACUCCAUCCUGCGCCGUCCAGCCUGCGUCACUUCUGUCCCUUACCGCUCGGUCUGCUCCCACUUGCCUUGUGCUGACUCCUGCAAACGGGAUUGCAAAAAGUCCACUUCCAGCCAACUGGAUUGUGCUGACUCAACUCCUUGCAAGACGGAGGUCUCAGAGGCCAGUCCCUGCCAGCCCACUGAGGCCAAGCCCACCAGCCCCACCACCCACGAGGCUGCAGUCAGCCAGCCUGCUGCCACCAAGCCUACCAACUGCUGA